AUACAAAGUUACAAACCAAAACAGGGCAAAAGAUCCAUUCAUCAGAUUCCAAGCAAGAACAGCCAUUUUCAAUGGCUACUCUCUCAGCUUCUCUCCUACAACCAACAACUCAUCUAUCAUCAAACAAACAAGCUACACUUACUUCUCCAUCACUAAUUUCAAAUUCAAGAAUCCAUUUCCACCAUUACUAUUCAAACAAACUGAUGAAAUUCUCGUUACAUUCAUAUCGAAUCACCACACGUGGGGGCCGGUUCGAUGACGAUGAAGAGGAAGAAGAAAGCUGCAGUUUUGAUGAGGCUGUGUUGCUUUUCAACACGAGGGAUUACUACAAAUGCCAUGACGUUCUUGAAGCCUUGUGGAAUAAGUCGCAAGAGCCGACACGCACUCUCGUGCAUGGGAUUCUGCAGUGCGCUGUUGGCUUUCAUCACCUCUUCAACCAAAAUCACAAGGGGGCAAUGAUGGAGUUGGGAGAAGGGCUUUGCAAGUUGAGGAAAAUGAACUUUGAGAGUGGACCAUUUCAUCAAUUUGAGAAGGAGAUUUCUGCAGUUUUGGAAUUCAUUUACCAGACUCAGUUAGAGCAGGCUGCCUGCACUGAAGAACUUUGUGUUGCAAUGGAUCAAUCAGAGAGAUCGUAUCAACUUCUUGGUGGAUAUGGAGCUGGAGAACGACUCUACCAUCUGGAAAUUGAUCGUAGCUGGACUGCGUAUAUUGUUUUCUGCCCUGAGAGGUAUGGUGGCACGGCCACUGAACCACCUAGUAUAAAAAUCCCUGUCCUUCAGGCAUCUGAAGAACAUAUGAUGGACUUGGAGUAUCUCUAGUCAUCUUGCUCAGGACAAAUAUAUUGUACUUGGUUAUGUGUGUUCAAUAGGUCAAGAAACAGGAAAAACUAAAGCAGUACAGACAAGCUCAUUUUUGAGGAAGCAAUUCAGUUUUUAUUUGAGGUUA